AUGAAUCUUCUUAUUUCAGAAGGUGCUGAUAUUAAUUCACAAGAUGAAAAAGGAAGAUCAGCUCUCCAUUUUGCUGUUGAAACCUUUAGUAAAGUAAACGUUGCUCUUCUUAAAUCCAAAGGAGCCAAUCUCGAUAUAAAAGAUAAUGACGGUCGCACACCUCUUCAUUACUCAAUUUCCAAUUCCACUACUAGGAAAGAAAUAAUGGAAUUCAUUAUUUCUAAUGGUGCUGAUAUCAAUGCAAAAGAUAAAAAUGGCUGGACUGCUCUUCACAUUACAGCAUCAGAAGGCAAGAAAAUAUUGGCCGAUAUUCUUAUAUCUCAUGGAAUCGAUAUCAAUGCAAAAGAUCAUGAAGGUAAUAGCGCCCUAUAUUAUGCUUCAGAACGCAAGCAUCAUACAACAGUCAAAUCCCUUAUUUCACAUGGGGCUAAUUAG